GUAGUUUGAAUCAAACGACAACCCACAACGGUCAUUAAGUUCUUCUAGACAAUUUCGAUUUUCAUUUUACCAUCUUCCAUUUCAAUAUUUGACACAGUUCACACCUACUGAACUGAAAAUAGCUGAACAUGAAGCCCUCUCGGUUAAAGAUUGCACCAAAGGUGCCAACAAAACCUCCAAUGACACCAGCAAGAUCCAAACAAACUCUGAUGACUUCUAGGGAUCGGGAUCCCGUUCAAGUUUAUUGCAGAAUUAGGCCACUUGAUGUACCAAAUGAAGAAUCUUGUGUUACAGUAUUGAGUGACACUGUUGUGCAGGUUGUGCCACCGGAAUCUUCUCAAGGGUACAGAAGUGGAACCACAAAAGCUACACAAUAUACAUUUACUGGGGUUUUUGACGAAAAAUCCACUCAGAAGCCUAUUUUCCACACAGUUACCUUACCACUAAUUGAAGACCUGCUCCAUGGCAAAAAUAGCUUACUUUUUGCUUAUGGUGUAACUGGUUCUGGAAAGACCCAUACAAUGAAUGGGGAAUUACAGGAUGGUGGCAUUAUCCCACGUUGUUUGGAUGUUAUAUUCAACAGCAUUGGACAUUUUCAGGCAAAAAAAUAUAUUUUUAAACCAGAUCGAAUGAACAGUUUUGAAAUUCAAAGUGAAUUGGAUGCUUUGGCAGAAAGGCAGACUGAGAUUACAAACAAAUUCAAGACUCCUGCGCGAAGAGGACAAGAGAAUGAGGGGCAACGGGUAACAGAUGCCACGCGCAUAACCGCUUUAGAUGAAGACCAGGCUUUUGCUGUAUUUGUCACUUUCGUCGAGGUUUACAACAAUACCGUAUUUGACCUAUUGGAUGAUACCCCAAUUGACCCUUUACGUCCCGGAAAAAUACAAUCGAAAAUCUUGAGAGAAGAUCAGCAUCAUAAUAUGUAUGUUCAUGCUGUAACUGAAGUAGAAGUUAAAUCGGCAGAUGAAGCUGCUGAAGUUCUCGCAAAAGGCCAAAAGCGGCGCCGUGUUGCUCAUACUACUCUUAACGCAGAGUCAAGCCGAAGCCACUCCGUGUUUAAUAUUCGUGUUGUUCAGGCUCCCCUUGAUUAUCAGGGUGCUACUCCGGAGAAGGUGCUUACAGUGGGACAGCUAUCAUUGGUUGAUCUUGCUGGUUCUGAGCGUAACAGUCGAACCAAAACGACAGGCGAACGGUUACGUGAAGCGGGUAGUAUUAACAAUACUUUAAUGACUCUUCGCUCGUGUAUGGAAAUACUUCGCGAGAACCAGUUAAAUGGCACAAAUAAAAUGGUGCCCUAUCGCGACUCCAAGAUUACUCACCUUUUUAAAAGCUAUUUUGACGGAGAAGGAAAGGUUAGAAUGAUUGUUUGUGUAAACCCACGUGCAGACGACUACGACGAAACUCUUUCCGUUAUGCGUUUCGCUGAAAUGGCCCAAGAAGUUCAAAUCGCACGUGCUGUGCAGCCAAAUGUUCGAAUGGAGGCAACACCUAAAGCGACGCCGGCAGGGAGAGAAGCACUUCUCCCCGGUCGCAGAAAGGCAAAUCGUGUGCUUACUGAAGCCUAUCGUAAAUUGGAACAGGGCGGGAUAUCAAACCCUCAAUCGGAGGUACCGUUUGACAUUGAUAUGGUUUUCAGCGCAGCUCGUUGUUCAUGGCCUCCUCUAGAACUACAAUCAGCGUCAGACGAUCGAUUAAUUACCGCACUCGUUGAAUAUCUUCAAGUGCGAAUUCGCGAGCAACAGAGCCGCCGUGAACAACAAAUGAAGAAGUGCGUCGAAAUGCGAACACUCGUUCGUGAAAUGGAAGAAGAACUUAUAUUGAAACGGCAAGAAGUGUUGAGUUUAAACGAACAACUGAAAGACGAGCGAUCCCGUCGCCAAACAUUUGAAAAUCGCGUCCUCAACGCAGAAUCAGCUAAUGCCACUCUACAGCGUCAUGUAGCGGAACAUCAAAAAUACGCUAGGCUACUAGAAGAGGAAUUGAAAGAAAAAGAUUGCUUGCUUAACCAGGGAGAAAUUGAAAUUUUGAAUGUGAAAGCCAAAGAAAAGACCAAACGGCAAUUGGAACGAGAGAAGGUCAAACGAGAACUUGAUCGGUAUAAGCAAGUCGAAUCUCAGCUUCAGCGACAAACCGAAAGAUUCUUGGUUAUGCGAGAUUUACUUGACGCUGGCUGUUCAGUUAAAGUUCCUGGAACCGCUGGUUCCAGCGAAUCAGACACUCGCACGCCUUCCAUUGGAGCUACACACCGUGUUUCUGAUCCCAAGCUGGUUGGAACUCCCUCUUUAAGGGGGCCAGCUGUGUCUACGCGGAAGCGCCGUUCUCGUUCGGUAGAUCCCGGCAAGGGAUGGUUGGACCAUCGUCCAGAAAAUAUCCUUGAUUUGGACACAGUAUUCCAGCCGCAGAUGAAUCGUGCAAAGUCGAUUACAAAAUUAGUGGAUUCAAAGUCAGUCACAGAUGCAAAGAUUUCGAAAUAUGUCCUUACUACACAAGAACAGGAUUCUUCUGGUGAAAUCGAAACAAAACUUUAUAAAGGCGAUGUCUUGACCACUGUGGGUGGUGGAGCUCAGGUUGUCUUGCAAGAUGUUGAAAUUCUUCGGCAUUCGUCACCGACUGCUGUUAAACGUCACAGUGAUGGAAGAUUGAAGGACGUGCACAGUCGAGUAGCUGAUAUAGAAAACCGCUGUGGCCACGCAAUUGAAGGACACAAUCGGGUUAAGAAGCAUUGUCCUUAAAAAUAUGAUUUGCACCGUCACAUCCACCUCUAACGCGCACGACGAAAAAAAUUCUUUUAAUGAUACUUAAUAAUUUUUUGCUUUUUCCGCCUACUUUUUUAGCAAACUCGUCCCGAAAAUUUGUAUUUCUUUAACAUGUGCAUUAUAACUUUACUCUCGUAUUUCGUUAAAAAAAUAAUACACCGAAAUCAUGU